AUUUUAAGGUUAUGUUUGGGAUUUUAAAAUCACAAAAUCGUUACUAUUGUAGCUAUAAAACUGCAGUUUUCUAUAUUGUUUAAAUGGACUUAUUCAGUACCUCUCGAAGUAGCAGUAAUUUCAUACAGUACAAAAACAAUGAUGGUUCAUUGGAUUAUUCAGCAGAUUGGGAUACUUUUUCUUUCGAAAAUGAAUUAAAUACGAGGGAAAAUAUCCUGAAGGAAGAUUUAAAAGCCUAUAAUCAUUUAUUGGAUGAAACUUCUCCUGAUAGUUCUGCAGAUAUUGGUAAACUCUUGAUAAAUGAAAUGAAAGAUAAAGUAGGAUUGGUUGAUAAACUAUUAGAGACACAUAAAGAUUAUUACUUUAAAUACAAUAGUUUAUUAGAAGAAAGUAAAAAAAUUAAAGAUAAUAUGGCAAAAUUAACAGCAAAAAAUGAUUCUCUUCAAAAGACUAUAAAUAACUUAGAAGAAGAAGAAACUACAUCACGCAAAGAUUAUAAGCAAUUAAAGUUAGCCUUGCAAAAGGCAAGUGAAAUGUAUACCACUUAUUUUAAUAUAAAUAUAUCAACUAAAACUCUAUCAGAUACGACUUACGAAGCGUCUUUGUACUUUAAUGAAAAAGAUGACAGUAUACCGAUUAAGUUUACAACUGAUAGAAUAGAACGAAAAAUUAUAGAUUUUCAACCGAAUGGAGCACUAUUGCAAAAAGAAGAAGAUAUUAGAAAAAAAUAUGGGAAUUUAAAAAACAUUUCAGGUUUAUUCUGUGCAUUACAUGAUAUUGUAUCAAAAAACUGAAUAAUUUAUAUAUCUAUGCAAUAUUGUAAUGUUUUAAUAGAAUAUUAAUUAUUUUUAUCAAA